CUGGCCGGUGUUCACUCAGUAGUCACAGGGACCGAAGUGUAGACUCGUCGUCUGGGACUUUUUGCUGAGUGUUUCAUGAAGCGCUUCGAAUGUUUUGUUAAUUCUGGGACACCGUGGAUCUACCAGGUUCAGGGGCGGAUAGAUACUCGUGAUUCCCGGGCGACGACAAGAAGGAUUUACGCUUCCAAAGUUUUAGGAAAAACAUGGAGACUGUAAGUCGGCAAAGCUUCCAACCUCAUCCGGGACUGCAACAAACUCUCAAGCAGUUUCAUAUCAGCUCUAUGAGCUCGCUCGGAGGACCGGCGGCUUUUUCUGUCCGGUGGCAGCAUGAGCUCCUCUUCAAGAAGGACGGGAAGGAGUCUGAGCCGGUUCUGCAGCACCUGCCGCCGCCGGUGAUGCCUGGCCCCCUGUUCAUCCCGUCGGACCGCUCCACUGAGAGGUGCGAGACGGUGCUGGAAGGCGAGACCAUCUCGUGCUUCGUGGUCGGCGGGGAGAAGCGCCUGUGCCUGCCGCAGAUCCUCAACACGGUGCUGCGGGACUUCACCCUGCAGCAGAUCAACUCGGUGUGCGACGAGCUGCACAUCUACUGCUCCCGGUGCACGGCGGACCAGCUGGAGAUCCUUAAAGUCAUGGGGAUCCUGCCCUUCUCAGCGCCGUCCUGCGGCCUCAUCACCAAGACGGACGCCGAGCGGCUCUGCAACGCCCUGAUCUACGGAGGCGCCUACCCGCCGCGCUGCAAGAAGGAGCUGAGCGGAGGCUCGCUGGAGCUGGAGCUCACCGAGAGGAGCUUCAAAGUCUACCACGAGUGCUUCGGCAAGUGCAAGGGCUUGUUCGUGCCGGAGCUGUACACCAGCCCUAACGCAGCGUGCAUCCAGUGCAUGGACUGCAGACUCAUGUACCCGACCCACAAGUUCGUGGUGCACAGUCACAAGGCGCAAGAGAACAGGACUUGCCACUGGGGCUUCGACUCAGCCAACUGGAGGGCGUACAUCCUCCUGGGCCAGGAUUACACGGGGAAAGAGGAGAAGGCCCGUCUGGAGCAGCUCCUGGACGAGAUCAAGGAGAAAUUUGACUUCGCCAACAAGUACAAGAGGAAAGCAUCAUCCAGGACGUCUGAUCCCAUCCCAGUCAAAAAGUCCAAACAUGAAGACUUCCCUUCACAGUCCCCCCUGGCUGACAAAGAGAAGCAGCACGACUGGCUGCACUCCCUGUCUUCCUCUAAUAAGGGGCUUAACUGCAUUCAACCCAGGCAGAGGCCCUCAGCUUUCAGGCCCUGGUCCCCCCACAUCUCUGCUGGGGAUAAGGAGCCAUCUAGUCACCCCCUGGCCCUGCUGAGAGAUAGCUUCUACAAUUUCAAGAGCCUGGAGAAUGCCGUGGCCCCCAAUGUCGCCCUCACACCACUGCCCCUGGGAAAGGUGGGCCCCAUGUCCCCGUCAGCACCCAGCACCUCCCAUCCAAGUGGAGGUGAACCCCCAGCCGAGGGCGCCAACUCCAGGUCUCGCAAGAGAAGAACCACAGGGGAGCUCCUGCCCCCAGCCCCAGAGGCCUCCUGCCCCCCGCCCUCCGCUGCCUGCAAGCCACCACUGCCUCAGGAUGACAAAGACUCUGAGGUGGAGAUCGAAGUGGAGAGCCGUGACGAAUUCACUUCAUCCCUGUCCUCCCUGUCAUCACCAUCUUUCACUUCCAGUAGCUCAGCCAAAGACUUGAGCUCACCAUGCGCCCAGGGGCCCAUCUGCCCCGUCACAUCAGCAGAGGGCACUGCCCCUGCAGCUACACCCAUCACAGCCCCCGUGACUCCUCCGGAGUUGGGGCUGGAGUCUGAGCUGGAAAGCCUGAGGCAGGCCCUUGACAGCGGACUUGACUCCAAAGAGUCGAAGGAGAGGUUUCUGCAUGAGAUUGUUAAGAUGAGGGUGAAGCAGGAGGAGAAGCUGGGAUCAGCCCUUCAGGCCAAACGCAGCCUUCAACAGGAGCUGGAGUUCUUGCGGGUGGCCAAGAAGGAGAAGCUGCGGGAGGCAACUGAAGCAAAGCGAAACCUGCGGAAGGAAAUCGAGCGUCUGCGAGCUGAGAGUGAGAAGAAGAUGAAGGAAGCCAAUGAGUCGCGGAUGCGUCUGAAGCGGGAGCUGGAGCAGGCCCGACAACUGAGGGUCUGUGACAAAGGCUGCGAGGCUGGACGCCUUCGUGCUAAAUACUCAGCACAGAUUGAGGACCUCCAGAUGAACCUGCAGCACGCUGAGGCUGACCGCGAGCAGCUCCGAGCUGACCUGCUGCAGGAGCGGGAGGCCAGGGAGCACCUGGAGAGGGUGGUGAAGGAGCUACAGCAGCAACUGUGGUCCAAACCCAACAGCGACAAGGACGGGAUGCCCAAGGACAUGCAAAUUGACAACUAACCCGGCACCCAAUCUCACCGCCCAACCAACCAUCCCCCCACCCCUCCCCAUCCCCGGUCGCCAUGUGAUCCCCAACAUCAUCUGCCCAACUCAGACUGUAAACACACCCAGGAGUCCUGGGCAGCCAAACCGCACCACUGCCCAUCAUGCUCGCCGUCCAUAACAUAAAUAAAAAACUUUCUCACUCUGACAGAGAGAAGAAAUGAAGAACAGUGUCCAUCAGAAGCCAAGAGAAUGACUGAAAACGGCAAAGUACAGUGCUGCCACAGGGAAGCACACAUUUCUAAAUGAAGCACUGACUCGCAUCUGCCGCACUCGCAGAACUGAAAACUGCGUCACCAGAAGGAAAGAAAAACAUGUAUAGCACAAAAAGUGUGUGCCUGUAUUUUUCCUGUCAAGAAAAUGAGGUGUGACUUGUGGAAAGACACCUGUGACAAUAAAUGUUAAAAGGUGAUCGCAUUACAUUGGAGUUCCCCAGCCGCUGAGAGGUGCUGCAGUGGUGCCACCAGGGGGCGGGGCUCACAGGUCUCCACCACCGUCCCUCGCCACAACGAACACAGAGGAUAUUGAAGACAUUAUAAGCUAUUUAAGAGACUACAUGGCGAUAUGUAAUAAAAACAGUUUCUUUGUUUCUCUGUGCUAUUGGAGUUUGCAAAUAUAAAAGAUGAAUAAAUCAGAAGAUGAACAAAUGAACCUUCCACAGUGCCACCGUGGUUUUGUCGGUUUUUCAGGAAGCCAUCUCAGUCCACUUAGGGGAAAAGCAUCACAACUGAAAUGCAAGCAACCCACCUUCUUCCCUCCUGUUGCUGUUUUACGAAAAUCAUUCAUUUCUCCUAGCUAUGUGUGUUUUAAAACAUUUGGGUCAAAACCUAGAAGUCUUUAUCUUCUGAAGAUAAAAUAUUCCAGAUGUGAGUGAUGUUUUUACUCCAGUUGACAUUAGAACCAUCUUCUGUGAAGUCAUAGUGGGCUGAAUGGGUCUCCUUUGACAAGAACCACAAAAUGUUCAUUUUAAUUAAAUUAAGGUAUGUAAAUAUAAAUGUUUUUUUUUUUACUUUACAGUAAUGAAUCGCACUUUGUCAUAACAAAAUACUGUUAUAAUGCAUUGUACUCCCACUAUUGUCUUCGAUCUUACUUUGAAAACAUCAGCUUAUACAUGACUGCUUUCAUAUAAGUCCAGUAAGCAUUUUGUUGGUUAUAUGCAUCUUCAAUAAAUAUGUUGCUUUGUUUUCUUAAGUAUUGUAAAUAAAUGGAAAGUAAAAAAGGCCGUACCUGUUGCUUGCUGAUGCAGUGUGGGAUUGUUAGAAAGCUUUGGGCACCGCAUUCUCCUGUUUUUGUAAUGUAAUUACCACUUAAAGCGAGUUUGAGGCAACUUUGUAUGUCAUAAAGGUGAAUUGCUAAAUGAGCUCGAACAAAAAAAAAAAUCAUGCUCAAAGAUGAAAUCUGCUUUCAGUCAGAGGCUGUGACUGCCAUCUCACAGUGGGUACAGUGCAGUCAGAAUGUACAUUGUGUUACUGCUAAUUUUCCUUUGGUUCUUGAUGUUUUAAACAUGGAGAUAUUUUAUCGCUUGUCUCUUAUGUUCACGCUUUUCAAUAGACAACUCAUAUUUUCGUUAUGCAUGAAAUUUGAGAACGUUGCCAUACAUAUAGUCAGUUAUUGGGCAUUGAUACUGUACAUGUAAGGGUUUUAUUGUGUUAUGCAAUAUAAAGAAAUUUGUCUUAUUUAGAAGAGGAACUUACAAAAAGCAAGAAAACAUAUGUUGUUCUUAAGAAAAAACUUCACACUUGUGAAAAAUGGAGGAAAAAACAAACAUAAUGCUGGACAACCUCAAGUGCCUGGACGCAGGCGAAAGGUUUCCAGGUUAGGAAAACUGAUGAAGCUGUUUAGGCGGGGCCUCUCAUCAGCUUCCUGUUCACAGGUUUCAAAUUAAAAGCCCUUUCCUCACUCAGCAGGUCUUUUUUUUAUCAGUAUUCCUAAAACCAACCUGUUUACAAACUGCUUUUCUUUCAGCACAGAGAUCAAUUGAAUAAAUGCUCGAUGUUUAGGGCUUUGUUUUCUGAAUGACCGCUUUUUCUUCAUUUGAAAUCAAUGAUAUGCAUGUUCAAACAAUUUUUAUAGAAGAUCUUGAAAAGCCACUUGCUUCGGUGAAUUAUCACUUUGGGUUUUAUAUAAAGAUUUAACUGUUUAUUCCCAGUUUGUUGACUUGACCUGAGGUGAACAUGUCGGGGGUAAUACAGGGGCAUUAUGUCGAAGCCCGUUUCUUAUCAAACAUUACUGUUGAACGACACUGUCUGCAACUUUGGCAGACUCAAAUUGGUACAUUUUGUAGUUGUUUUUACACUCAAAGGAGUCAAUAGCCUACGUGUAGUUCACUUUUACUCAUGGUUUUCUACAAAAGGAGGGAGGCAGUAUCGACGCUGGCUUUUCACUCUCCCACACAAAUGAAAAAAGCUCUUUAACAACAUCUUGUUUUCUAGAGAAGAAUCAUUUUGCGAAAUAAUUGACAGUAAAGCAGCAAUAACAAUCCAUAUUAAUAUACGAAUACUAGCCAGUGUGAAGAUUUGAAUAAGAAUUUACAAAUGUAAAUAUUUUUUUCAUUUACGAUACUGUAUAAUAUAUGUACAUGGUGUUUCCUUUUUCCAAAAGAACUUUCUUACAA